GCAUCCAGCUUGACGCUCGGUUCGCGCAGGGAGCCGCACGCAGAGACACUUCGGUCCUCUGACUUUGGAUAUUUUUGGGGGGUUUCGAGGAGAAAGAAGCCCCGAAGAGAGAGAGCGAGAGAGAGAGGGAGGGGGGAAGCAACGAGAAGAACAGAGAUUUACUCCGGUGGGGGGGUUCCUCACGGCGGGAAUGGCGGACCGGGACCCGGUGCCGCUCACUGCGGAGGUUCGGGCCAGACUGGCCGAGCUGGAGCUGGAGUUAUCCGAGGGUGACAUCACACAGAAGGGCUAUGAGAAGAAGAGAUCCAAGCUGAUUGGAGCCUUCUUCCCACAAGCACCAGGAAUGGACCCGUCCAUGGGCCAGGAGAGGAGACCCCCAGUCACCCCGUCCUCGUCCUCCCGGUACCACCGCCGGCGGUCCUCUGGCUCCAGAGACGAGCGCUACCGAUCGGAUGUGCACACGGAGGCGGUGCAGGCCGCCCUGGCCAAGCACAAAGAGAGGAAGAUGGCGGUGCCGAUGCCUUCGAAGCGCCGCUCGCUGGUGGUCCAGACCUCGAUGGACGCCUACACGCCGCCAGACACCUCCUCGGGGUCAGAGGGCGAGGUCCAGGGCGACGAAGAGGAGGGAGUAGAGGAAGAGGACGGAGGAGGAGGAGGAGGAGGAGGAACCUCGUCCAGCCGGGAGGGGAACAUCAGCAUGGAGCGCUGGAUAAACAGGGCCAUCCACGGCACCUCCUCCACCACCACCACCUCCUCCACGGCCUCCUCCUCCUCCUCCUCCUCCACACGCAGCGGCGGCAGCGGGGCGGCCGGGGGCCGGCUGGCCGACGUCCUGUCCCAACACGCCCACCACCGCCGCCAGCACCACCGCCCGCACCACCACCGCAAGACAGAGAACCACUCCGCCCCCCCAGACGUCACCGGCUACACCAGCAGCGCCCCCGAGGGGAUCCAGGUGGAGCGGGCGCCGGGCGCCGGCCCCGCGGCCCCGAGGCCGACGCCCAAGUACGGCAACGCCGAGCUGAUGGAGACGGGAGACGGCGUUCCCGUCAGCAGCAGAGUCUCAGCUAAGAUUCAGCAACUCGUCAACACGCUGAAGAGACCCAAGCGGCCCCCGCUCAGGGAGUUCUUUGUGGACGACUUCGAGGAGCUCCUGGAAGUCCAGCAGCCGGACCCCAACCAGCCCAAGGCGGAGGGCGCCCAGAUGGCGGCCUCGCGCGGCGAGCAGCUGGGCGUGGUGACCAACUGGCCCCCCUCCCUGGAGGCGGCCCUGCAGAGGUGGGGCACCAUCUCCCCGAAGGCCCCCUGCCUGACCACCAUGGACACCAACGGCAAGCCGCUCCACGUGCUCACCUACGGGAAGCUGUGGUCCAGAAGUGUGAAGGUGGCCUUCAACCUGCUGCACAAACUGGGAACCAAGCAGGAGCCGCUGGUGCGACCUGGAGACCGGGUGGCGCUGGUCUUCCCCAACAACGACCCCGCCGCCUUCAUGGCGUCAUUCUACGGCUGCCUGCUGGCCGAGGUCGUCCCCGUCCCCAUCGAGGUGCCGCUGUCCAGGAAGGACGCCGGCAGCCAGCAGAUCGGCUUCCUGUUGGGCAGCUGUGGGGUCACGGUGGCUCUGACCAGCGACGCCUGCCACAAAGGGUUACCCAAGGGCCCCACCGGGGAGAUCCCCCAGUUCAAAGGUUGGCCCAAGCUGCUGUGGUUCGUCACGGAGUCCAAACACCUCUCCAAACCGCCCCGGGACUGGUUCCCCCACAUCAAGGACGCCAACCAGGACACGGCCUACAUCGAGUAUAAGACGUGCAAGGACGGCAGCGUGCUGGGUGUGACGGUGAUGAGGGUCGCGAUGCUCACCCACUGCCAGGCGCUCACUCAGUGCUGCUCCUACACAGAGGCUGAGACCAUAGUGAAUGUAUUGGACUUCAAGAAGGACGUGGGACUGUGGCACGCCGUCCUCACUAGCGUCAUGAACAUGAUGCAUGUCCUCAGUAUUCCCUACGCCCUCAUGAAGGUCAACCCUCUGUCCUGGAUCCAAAAGGUCUGCCAGCACAAAGCCAAGGUGGCGUGUGUGAAGUCCCGGGACAUGCACUGGUCCCUGGUGGCCCACCGCGAGCAGCGGGACGUCAGCCUGAGCUCGCUGCGCAUGCUGGUGGUGGCGGACGGGUCCAAUCCCUGGUCGAUCUCGUCAUGUGACGCCUUCCUCAACGUCUUCCAGACCAAAGGUUUGAAGCCGGAGGUCAUUUGUCCCUGUGCGAGCUCCCCCGAGGCCCUGACUGUGGCUUUAAGGAGGCCCGUGGAGGAGGGCACCACCCCCCCCGGCCGCGGCGUGCUGUCCAUGCAGGGCCUGAGUCACGGCGUGAUCCGGGUCGACUCGGAGGAGAAGCUGUCCGUCCUCACGCUGCAGGACGUGGGCGCCGUGAUGCCCGGAGGCCUGAUGUGCGUGGUGAAGCCGGACGGCGUCCCUCAGCUCUGCAGGACCGACGAGAUCGGGGAGCUGUGCGUGUGUACCGUUGCCACGGGAACCUCCUACUACGGCCUGGCCGGCAUGACCAAGACCACCUUUGAGGUUUUCCCGGUGACCAGCGGGGGGGCCCCCGUGGGGGAGUUUCCCUUCACCAGGACGGGCCUGCUGGGCUUCAUCGGCCCGGCGGGGCUGAUCUUCGUGGCGGGGAAGAUGGACGGGCUGAUGGUGGUCGGCGGGCGGCAGCACAACGCCGACGACAUCGUGGCCACGGCGCUCGCCGUGGAGCCCAUGAAGUUCGUCUACCGGGGCCGGAUCGCGGUGUUCUCCGUCACGGUGCUCCACGACGAGAGGAUCGUGGUGGUGGCGGAGCAGCGGCCCGACGCCACGGAGGAAGACAGCUUCCAGUGGAUGAGCCGAGUCCUGCAGGCGAUAGACGGCAUCCACCAGGUGGGGGUGUACUGCCUGGCCCUGGUGCCCUCCAACACCCUGCCCAAGACUCCCCUGGGUGGCAUCCACCUGUCGGAGACCAAGCAGCUCUUCCUGGAGGGGGCGCUGCACCCCUGCAACGUGCUCAUGUGUCCGCACACCUGCGUCACCAACCUGCCCAAACCGAGGCAGAAACAACCAGAGAUCGGCCCUGCGUCCGUCAUGGUGGGGAAUCUGGUGUCGGGGAAGAGGAUCGCUCAGGCCAGCGGGCGGGAUCUGGGUCAGAUAGAAGACAAUGACCAGGCAAGGAAGUUCCUCUUCCUGUCCGAGGUGUUACAGUGGAGAGCCCAGACCACACCGGACCACGUCCUGUACACACUGCUCAACUCCAGGGGUACGAUAGCCAGCUCUCUGACUUGUGUUCAGCUGCAUAAGAGGGCGGAGAAGAUCGCCGGCCUUCUGGCUGAACGAGGCCACCUGCAGGACGGAGACCACGUUGCACUGGUCUACCCUCCAGGUAUCGACCUCAUCGUGGCGUUCUACGGCUGCCUUUACGCCGGCUGUGUUCCCAUCACGGUGCGACCGCCUCACCCGCAGAACAUCGCCACCACGCUGCCCACCGUCAAGAUGAUCGUGGAGGUGAGCCGGUCGGUGUGCGUGAUGACCACGCAGCUCAUCUUCAAGCUGCUGAGGUCCAAGGAGGCCUCGGCCGCCGUGGACGUCCGGUCCUGGCCCCCCGUCCUGGACACAGGUACACACACACACACACACACACACAAUUUACUAAAUGAACAUCAUGUUGUAUUCAAGAAGACCUGAAACUAGAGACUGAGACCAUAAACUCAAGUUUACAAUGUUUACUGAUGGAAUAAAUCAAGAGAGAAGUAGAGUCAUUUCCUCAUAGACGUCUAUGGGAGCAGAGGAGUCGCCCCCUGCUGGUCACUACACA